UGAUAGUCAUGAGAACUCCGCUCAGAGGAGGAGGGAAGAAGAACAAGGAAUUAUAUGUGUAGUACCAUUGCUACUCAGUCCAGGAAUCAAGAGCUCACCAGACGUCAGCACCAGCUUCUAACACGGACGAAUUGAUACAAAACCUCAGAAAUGCCAAAAGGUGAUUACACUCUGCAAGGAAUUUUUGGUCCUGGGAGAGGUGGACCUUACCUCAAAUCAGAAGAGGCUAUUGGUAUUGCUCUCCUGGUGAUAAUCCUUGUCGUUCUAUUGAUAAUUGGAUGCUGGUUCUAUAAGAAACGUAAUGGAUACUUGAUCCUCCAGAACCGACGCUUGUCUAAUACCGCCAUGGGUUCUUUGAUAGCAAGACACCACAUCCAAGAAGGAACCCCUUUGGAGACCAAAGCUUCUCUGAAUGAUUACACUAGCUCAAAUCUGAUUCCAAAUGCUCCUCCUGCAUAUGAGAAAAUUGCUUCAGAACAAUUGCCACCAGCAUAUUCUCCAUAAAUUGUCAAUGCACAUCGAUCCAGCUUUUCAGAUGAAUCGUCAUCAUCCCAGACGCGGUUAAAUAGCAAUGUAAUCGUCAUAAAGUAGUUGCUUACAUACUGUCAUAUUUGUGUGGUGAAAUAAACCAAAAUUAAGUAAUUUGCACACUAAAUUUAGGAUUGUAUUUGGCCGUGAGAAUUCUUCAAAAAUUUCACUAGACAAAUGGCUGAUAUUUGUUGAAUUUUGUAGUUUAGUAACUGAAUUAAAUUGCAUAGGACUGGUUACAUUUUAUACACAUUAAACAUAUGCUUUAAUAUAAUUGCAAGGCUUUAUUUUACAAGUAGAAAGUAAGCACAAUGUGUGUUUACAAUCCAAACUUGAUUUCAGUGAGCUUGUCUUUCUUCAAGUAAAAUGUUGAGAUC